CAAGGUUUAAAUCUUUUAGACAGGGUCAAUAAUAAAUAAUUAAAUGUUUUUAAUUAUAAUUUAAUUAAAUACACAAUAAUGGAUUUACUUGUAAUUCAUUUAACCCAUAACUCGCUGUGAUUGUAUUCUUUACUCAAUCAAUCUUAAAAUAAUAUUUUGUUAAUAUUUUUAUUUUAAAUUGUAUACCAUCAUGUUUUAUACUGCAUUUUUAUUGAAUUUGUGCGUGGCAACAUGUUUUACUACUGCAAUAGCUGCAAACGAUUGGAUUUUCACUUUUAACAAUACAGAUGGAGAGUUGGAAAUGGGCAGCUGUACAAAAAUAGUAUUCUACACACAAACAAAUGCAACCUGGGAGAAUGAAGAUUUACAACUUCAAGUGAUUAGUUCUGAUGAGGAUGUAGCAUAUCCUAGUAGGCAUUUUUUUAAUUUACCACGAAAUAAUUCCAUGCCAUCAAAUUUGUGGGAAAAUUCUUUCAACUUAACUUCUGAGUUUCUUGGGUACACAAAAUUGUACUUUCAAGUAGUAAAAAUUGAAAACGAUACUAUGCUUGUUUUAAAUUCAAGCGAUGAUCACAUGAACAUCAAAGUAAUUCGAAAACCACAACUGAUUGAUAAGAUAUUUGUCGUUAGUGUUGCUGUUCUGAUGUCCAUUAUAUUUAUUAACUUGGGAUGUGCUAUAGAUGUAGAACAACUUAAACAAUCAGUUAGAAAACCAAUUGCUCCUGCAGUUUCAUUUUUUGCUCAGUUCCUAAUCUUACCUAUAUUAAGUUUUUUUUACGCCAAGCUAAUAUUCCCUAAUUCAGUUUCAAUGCAAUUGGGUUUGUUUUUCACAGGAAUAAGUCCUGGAGGAGGAGCAUCUAGUGUAUGGUCCCUUCUUCUAGAUGGCAAUAUUAAUCUCAGCAUUGUCCUGACAACUAUUGGAACUCUGGAAUCAUUUAUUAUGAUACCAUUUUGGAUUGUGUUUCUCGGUAAACGUAUCUUUUCUGUGGGUGAAAUGCCUGUUCCUUAUUCCCGAAUCGGAUCCUCUAUCAUUGCAUUAAUUAUUCCGUUGUGUAUUGGAUAUUGUAUUCAGCGUUUUAUGCCUAGAGUAAGUCGAGUUAUGACACGUAUACUGAAGCCAUUGUCUAGCUGUUUGAUAAUAUUUAUAAUUAUCUUUGCCACAGUCACUAACUUAUACCUGUUCAAAAUAUUUUCUUGGAAAAUCAUUUUAGCUGGUGCAGUGAUACCAUGGACAGGUUAUUUAAUAGGAUUAAUAUCAUCUACCUUAGCAUGUUUGCCUAGACCUGAUAUCAUUUCUAUGACAGUUGAGUCUGGUAUACAAAACACUGGUAUUGCCAUAUUCAUGUUAAAAUUUUCUCUGGGACAGCCAGCCGCAGAUAUAACCACAGUUAUACCAGUUGCUGUCGCAUUAAUGACUCCCAUACCAUUAUUAAUGGCUUUUAUAUUUAAAAAAUGUUUUGGAAAAAAGGAUGGAGUAGUAAAUACUCAAGAUCCAGCCACUGAAUCAAUGCUGGAUAGAAGAGAAGCCCCAUCAGCAAUAAAUUCUGAGAAUGAAAAUAAACAAGCGUGAAUAUUAUAGUAUCAUACAAUGUUAGUUAUUCUGUUAAUUUUUUAACUUUAUGUUUAUGGAUUGUAAAUGUUUUUUUUUUUACAAUGAAGAUGUCUAUUUAAUAUUUUAAUGAAAUAAUACCAGUGAAAUUUUAUACCAUAAAAAAACAA